ACCCGAAUGGUGUGGUAGGAGAUUCGGGUCCUCAUGUUCCGGUUUCUCCCCUAUCUCCCCACCACGUUGAGAGAGGGAAAGAGAAAAAGGGAGAGAGCGAGACAGAGAGAUGGGCAACGCUCAGUCGCCUUCCACCAACCAUCGAUUCGUUUCUGCAAGCAGAGCAUUCAGCCAAACGGAGCUCGACGAUCUGAAAUCCCUCUUCCUUUCUCUGUCCGCCCAAUCCCACAGCAACUCUCAGUACAUCUCUCCCUCUGUUUUCCAGGAAUAUUUUGCGAUUCAUGGGCUCCUCGGUGCUAGGAUGUUUGUUUUGGUUACCCAAAAACGGAAUGAUCAUAAGCUUACCUUUGAAGAUCUUGUAAUUGCUAAAGGAAUUUAUGAGAAAGGAGCUCGAGAUGAAGUUGAGGAGUUUAUUUAUCAGUUAGUGGAUGUAAAUGGGGAUGGCAUCGUGGGGAGUGAAAAUAUGAUGGCCCGACUGAUGGACGGGGUGGAUCUGAUGUAUGUUUGUACCAAGUCUGAUUUGGAAGCUGUUUUAACUUCCAUUCUGGAUGCUAUUUUUCCUCCGAAAAAUGCUGAUCCCGGAUCAAGUUCACAUCAAGACAUCAUUGGGAUAUUUCUUAAUGCUGCAACAUUUUCAAAGGAAGUCGAAGGCUGUGCCGAAAAUAGCAUGUCUUUUGAGGAUUUUAAAAUGUGGUGUAGCCUUCUCCCAUCUGUGAGGAAGUUCCUUAGAAGCUUGUUGAUGGUACCUGGUCCAGGGAGAUCAGGUUGCCAAGUACCUCAUCUACUGCAUUCGGAAGAGGUUAGUUCCGAUUUGUUAAUUCUAAGGAAAGAGUAUGCUUGGCAUAUAGGAGGAACCCUGUCUCAAAAUGAGUUGGAGGAGUGGCAGCUUUUGUACCAUAGUGCGGUUAAUGGCCAAAGCUUCAACACCUUUCUCGGCAGUAUAUCUAAAGGAGACGGACCGACUGUGCUACUUAUCAAAGAUAAAGAGGGUUGCGUGUAUGGUGGAUAUGCCUCUCAGCCUUGGGAGAGACAUAGUGAUUUCUAUGGGGAUAUGAAGUCUUUUCUCUUUCAGCUAUAUCCACGUGCAUCUAUAUUCCGGCCUACAGGGGCAAACACUAAUUUGCAAUGGUGUGCUGUGAAUUUCAGUUCGGAGAGCAUUCCCAAUGGCAUUGGUUUUGGAGGACGAGCAAACCACUUUGGUUUUUUCCUGUCUGCAAGCUUCGAUCAGGGCCACACAUUCAUCUGCAGCACUUUUGAUAGUCCUUGUCUCUCCAAUGCGAACAAAAUAUAUCCAGAAGUAAUAGAAUGUUGGGGAGUUAAAGCGAAAGAAGGGAAACUUGAAAGGCCUGACCUUGUCAAAGGUACAGUUCUAGACAGGUUCAAAGAGGACCGCCACAUGCUUAAUAUGGUGGGGCUUGCAAACUCUAGUGAGUGAGUGUGGUGAGUUCCUAGUCUCUGGAUGGUGAUAUUAUCAAUGCACCAACUCUUGUUAUUUUGUUUGAAGCAGAUUUGUAUUUUUGGUAGGAAAAAAAGACGGCUUGUUGGUCCCCACCAUGGGUAGGACAGAGGACAAAAGCCACUGGCAAUGCUUGUUCACAAGUGCGUGGUUUAUUAGGAUACCCUUAAUGGGGUUCUUGGCCAUGGCCUAUCCAUGGUGGGCCCCACCUCUUGUCUGCUUCUGACCAUUGUUUGAAAAUCUGAAGACUCAAUUUGAUGUUCAUCUGGGUUGGGUCAACUUGAAGACUCAACCCAAACUUGAUAUUUAAUAAUUAAAAAUCAUUAUAUUUGUAAUUAUAAAGAAUCUUUAAAAGUGUAAUGUAAGUAUUACUAUUAUAAAAUGAAAGAUCUAAUGAAAGUACUGUGGAGCCUA